AGCCACCACAUAGUCUCAUCCACAGGCUCAACUGAUACAGUACAGAGAGACAGCGCAGGCUAGUGGACGAGACUAGCUACUACAGGGCUAGCUCUGGUCCAGGGUGUUAGUGAACCUUCAGGAAGGCUCAGCGUUAGCAAGCCACACUAACACACCCUGGACCAGAGCUACUGCAGAGCCCAGUGCUGCUGUUUGACAGCUCUAACACCCUGGACCAGAGCUACUGCAGAGCCCAGUGCUGCUGUUUGACAGCUCUAACACCCUGGACCAGAGCUGUUUGACAGCUCUAACACCCUGGACCAGAGCUACUGCAGGGCCCAGUGCUGCUGUUUGACAGCUCUAACACCCUGGACCAGAGCUAAUACAGGGCCUGGUGCUGCUGUUUGACAGCUCUAACACCCUGGACCAGAGCUGUUUGACAGCUCUAACACCCUGGACCAGAGCUAAUGCAGGGCCCGGUGCUGCUGUUUGACAGCUCUAACACCCUGGACCAGAGCUAAUGCAGGGCCCGGUGCUGCUGUUUGACAGCUCUAACACCCUGGACCAGAGCUACUGCAGAGCCCAGUGCUGCUGUUUGACAGCUCUAACACCCUGGACCAGAGCUACUGCAGAGCCCAGUGCUGCUGUUUGACAGCUCUAACACCCUGGACCAGAGCUACUGCAGGGCCCAGUGCUGCUGUUUGACAGCUCUAACACCCUGGACCAGAGCUACUGCAGGGCCCAGUGCUGCUGUUUGACAGCUCUAACACCCUGGACCAGAGCUACUGCAGAGCCCAGUGCUGCUGUUUGACAGCUCUAACACCCUGGACCAGAGCUACUGCAGAGCCCAGUGCUGCUGUUUGACAGCUCUAACACCCUGGACCAGAGCUAAUGCAGGGCCCGGUGCUGCUGUUUGACAGCUCUAACACCCUGGACCAGAGCUGUUUGACAGCUCUAACACCCUGGACCAGAGCUACUGCAGAGCCCAGUGCUGCUGUUUGACAGCUCUAACACCCUGGACCAGAGCUACUGCAGAGCCCAGUGCUGCUGUUUGUCAGCUCUAACACCCUGGACCAGAGCUACUGCAGAGCCCAGUGCUGCUGUUUGACAGCUCUAACACCCUGGACCAGAGCUACUGCAGAGCCCAGUGCUGCUGUUUGACAGCUCUAACACCCUGGACCAGAGCUACUGCAGGGCCCAGUGCUGCUGUUUGACAGCUCUAACACCCUGGACCAGAGCUACUGCAGGGCCCAGUGCUGCUGUUUGUCAGCUCUAACAGGGUGGGGCCUUACCUAAGAUUUGCCCCUUCUCCAAGUGUGCACUUGUUAACUUCACUUUUAAUUAUUUUAAAUUAAUAUAGGAAAUACAGAAACUUCCUCUAGCCUAUAGUCCAUGGCUCCACCAAUCAAAUGCUUUUAAGUUUGUGGGGAGUGGUGAAGUGCACACUUCAGGAGGAAGGAGAGAUAAUUGGGACGUAGCCAAUGUCUAAGGUUACAGACUCCUCCCAAAGCAAACGCCUGAUUGACUGACAACAGCUGAACACACCUGGAUUAAACCCCACCCACAAGCACCUUUCUAGGAACUCACACCUGUCACCUGGUCUCUGAAUACAGGAAGAGACACAGACUGACUAGCGACCGAAGCUCUGAGCACCUGGCCAGGAACAAGUGGGACAGGGCAUGGCAUCUACCAUCUCUACCAUCAGCCUCGUCUCCGAGAGGCACUUCCUGUGCCCGCUGUGUAAGGACAUCUUCAGCAGUCCUGUGACUACUCCGUGUGGCCACAGUUUCUGUCAGGACUGCCUGUGUGGGUACUGGACCCGGCACCGUUCAGACUACUGUCCCCUCUGCAAGAGGUUGUUCCAUUCCAGGCCAGACCUUAGUAUCAACCGCAUCCUGGCUGACGUCUGUGACAACUACAGGAAGACACGGCCUGAGAGCCCUGAGGAGAGCCACGACACGCCACAGGUUGUAGACAUUGACCAGAUGAUCCAGGAGCGACUGAAGAAAGUUGACAGACUCAGACACUCCCUGCAGCUCCUCAAAAACUCGUGUGUGAGGGAGGUGCGUGAGAGCCAGAAGGUGUUCUCUGCCCUUGUCAGUUCCAUGGAGAAGAGCCACAAGGCCGUGGUGGCAGCCAUUGAGGAGAGACAGGGGGAGGAGGAGAGGAUUGUUGAGAAGCUGGUGAAGGAGCUGGAACAGGAGAUUCUACAGCUGAGGAAUGGAGACAUUGACCUGGGGCCUUGUCAUUCUCAGCAGAGCAAUGAUGAGCUCUGUGGUGGUGGUGGUGGUCAGAAGAGUGUUGCAGUGAGCACCACUUCCACCACGGGCUACUCUGAGAGGAGGGACUGGUCCAAGGUUUCCAUGGAGACAGACCCCUGUAUGGGCGUGACCAGGAGAGCAGUGUCAGACCUGAUGGACGUGGUUAAAGGAGAGCUCCGUAGACUCUCUAAAGCUGAGCUGAAGAAAAUACAGAAAUACACAGUAGACAUCUCCCUGAGUCCCAAGACGGCCCACGCCUUCCUCUCGGUCUCAGACGACCGGAAACAGGUGCGACACACAGACAAACACCAGGAGGUCCCAGACAACCCCAAGAGGUUUGACCGCGUGGCCAACAUCCUGGGAAGAGAAUCCUUCAGCAGCGGCAGGUACUACUGGGAGGUGGAGGUGGGAGAGAAGAUUGAGUGGAACCUGGGCGUGGCCAGACAGUCCAUCAACAGGAAAGGGAAGUUUACAGUCAGCCCAGCCAAUGGCUUCUGGACACUGAGCCUAAAGAGCGGGGGUCAAUACGUAGCUAACACCUCCCCCACUGUCACCCCCUUGGGCCUGGAGCAGAAGCCCAGGAAGGUGGGGGUGUUUCUGGACUACGUGGAGGGCCGAGUGUCCUUCUACUGCGCGGAGACUGGGGUUCACAUCCAUACGUUUACAGAUGGCUUCACUGAUAGACUACAUCCACUCUUUAGUCCUGGGAGGCAACAUGGGGGCAGGAAUAUCGCUCCUCUGACUAUUUGUACUACCUUCUGUAGCAUCUGAGCCCCCUGACUUAACCCCCACGCCUGGAAUAGUCAUUUAAUCAUGUCAUUAUGUAGCCUAAUGUAGAAUAAGGCUCACUCGGUCCUCUCUCACGUCUGCAUUUUCAGUUGGAUAAACCGGCUUCUUUCCUAAUAUUGAGUUAAUGCAGUGUCUGUGUUAUCAGGCAAUGAGCUGGGUAAUCAAUAGUAAUGCUAUAAUUUAUUUUAAUUAUAAUUUAUGACAGUAUAUAUGAACCCUCAAAUGUAUUUUUUUUACAAAGUGUUGACUUUUUUUAAAAUUCUGUGCAUCAUUAAAAAAUCUGUAAAUUA